AUGUAUACGAGUCUAAAUAGCCCACAAACACAUGAAUUGAAGAAAGUUCGAAAGUGCAGUUAUUGUGAUGCUGCUAGAUUUCAGUACGAGCCUCCGACUUUUUGUUGUGACAAUGGAAAAGUUAAACUCGCACCCAUUGAUGUCCCGGAUGAACUUUAUGAAUUGUUCACUUCAGAUUUUGAAGAGCCAAAUGAAUUUCAUAAAUCUAUUCGCCAACUUAAUAGCAUUUUCUCUUUCACAUCAUUUGGUGUAAAGUUAGAUAAAGAUCUAGCUUCUGCAAGACGAGAAGUUUAUACCUUCCGCGCACAAGGAAUGGUUUACCAUGAUCUUCCAGGGCUUAUACCAAAUGAAAGGAGUCCUGGUUAUUUUCAAUUGUAUUUUGUGGAGACGGAAAAUUACGUGGAUAACAGAAUGAGGAUUUUCGAAAAUUCAUCAUUAAGUGAAUCUAUGGUGAAGAAAGUCAUGGAUAUUUUAGAUAUCAAUCCUUAUGCGAAGAUCUUCAGAAGUUUAAAAGAUAUCCCUUCGGUUGAUGAUAUCCACCUUCAUAUUGCAAAAGACGUGAAACUAUAUCAACGUGUUUAUAAUUCUCCAACAGUGGAUCAAGUAGCUGCGAUAUGUGUAGAAAGAAAUAACAAUGACGUUCCAUUUGAGCGCGACAUUAUCGUCCAUACGCAUUCAGGAUAUGGACACCGAAUAAAACACUACUUUGGAUGUUAUGACCCAUUGCAAUAUCCUCUUCUUUUUCCAAUGGUUGAUUCAUGGUGGCAUCAAAAUAUCAAAAAAAUACUACCUGAUAGUUUUCAACUUCAAAAAGGCAUAUAUCCAACGGCACAGGUUACUGAUCAUUUUGUUCAGCAGAUGAGAUUAUUUCUACAGAGUAACAAGAUAUGGGAAUCACCGAAGCGUGAUUCCAUUCUUGUUAGAUCGAGAAUGAUAAAGCACGUCAUCUAUGGGGCACCAUUGGGUGGCUGGGUGCUGCAGCAGGAUGUCAAGGCAACCCUGGAUUGCUUAGUAAUCUCAACCAAAAACAACUCGUUCAAAGUGCUGCAAGAUGAUGAUGAUGAUGAUGUUCAUUUUCCAAACUUAUCUCGGCUCAAAGCUGAAAACUACAGUCCCAUGCUUAUGAAUGCUAAUUAUGAAGUUCGAGCGACUUGCGACUCAUGGAUGCUGUUGACAUGUACGAAACGACCUGACUAUACAUGGGACCUCCUCUGGGACCCCACAACCGACGAGAUAAAAGCCCUUCCGUAUUUUUCUUUGGCUUCUCCUCGUUUAACGGAUAUUUGGGCAUACGGCUUUGGGUUUGAUCCUUCAGGGGGCGGCUAUAAGAAAGCUAAGAUCUACGUUGAGCUGUUGUCGCUCGCAAGUGGUUCGUGGAGGGAAAUUGCGUAUCCUCAUAGUCCCUAUGAUAAACCUAUGCAACGACCAUCUCUUCACAUCAAUGGAGUUUAUUAUUGGUCAGCUAGUCCUACUGGAAUUAUUUCCUUUGACUUUGCUAAGGAGGAGUUUACCCCUGCUAUAAUCCCUAUGCCCAAGAGGGGUAAGCUCAUACUGAGCGGUAAUGUUCUUGCUGAGGUAGAUGGGUCGCUUGCUGUAAUUAUUUUCAACCAUGGUGAAAAGCCUUUUAAUUUCGAGCUUUGGGUGUGGAAGGACCAGGAAUGGUCUAAACUGUCCUCAGGGGAUGUCCCGGCUGCAGCCCAUGCGCAUUCUGUAAGGGGCCUCUACAAUAAACGUAAACUGCUUCUUUGGAGCUCCUGUGGUGACCUACUGCUUUACGACAUUGAUAGUACUGAAUACAAGCCACUCGGUAUCCAUGCUGAGUCGUUGGGUCUGAAUGUCAUCCCAUAUGUUGCCAACGCCGACUCCAAAUUAAAAUCCUCGAUGAUAAAUCUCUCGUCUGGUGCCAGUAACGUCUGUCUACUCAAGUGGACCCGCAAUUACUUUGUAUUGUCAAUGGAAAACAACAUGUUCAAAGUGGUACAAGAUGAGAAGAGUCUUCCUAACUUGUCUCUACUCAAAGUAGAGCAAAACUACGAUCCCCUUUGUCUGUAUGCCAAGUAUCACGUUCUAGCGAGUUGCUACACUUGGAUGCUGUGGAUGUGUACCCAAAAUCCGGGAAGUCCGCUGGAGCUUCUGUGGGACCCCAGGACCGACGUGCUCGUAACCCUUCCCUUUUUUGAGGCUGUGCCGCGCGUUCCUUGCCCAAUUAUCACGUCCAUGUAUUGUCACGGUAUCGGGUUUGUAUCAGGAGAAUAUAAGGUGGUCAGAUGUCGCGUGUUCAAGCAUUUCCGUUGCGAAAACGAAGCUCACGCGGAGCUGUUCUCGCUCGAAACUUGUUCGUGGAAGCAAAUUCCUUUUCCCCAUGAUCCCCAGCUCGAAGCCAUGCAACAUCCUUCGCUCCACAUUCACAUCAAUGGCUUUUAUUAUUGGCUAGCAGUGGAUCCCACCAAGACGGAGGAGGAUCUUUGUGUUAUUUCAUUCGACUUUGCUAAUGAGGAGUUUCCUCGUGAUCUCAUGCGUAUGCCGGAGAGCAAAAUUGUCCCCAAUCUUAAUCUUGACUGUGUUUCUCUUGCCGAGUUUCAUGGGUUGCUGGCUGUUACUGUUUCUGAUUGUCAUGGGCAGAAGAAGCAAAGUACUGAGCAGGAAAAGAAGAGGAAGAACCCUAGUGAAGCAUCUCCUUUUAUUUUUGAGAUUUGGGUAUGGAGUGACGGCAUCUGGUCCCAUAAAUCCACAUACGAAGUCACUCCUCCUCAUUCUCAUGCUGGUGUUGUUUAUACGAGGGUCGUCGGCCUGUACAAGGAUUAUGAUAAAGCAUUUCUUCUGGACUCGCAGGGUUACCUAUGGCUUUAUGAUCUUGUGAAGCGUGAGUUGGAGCCUACCGCCAUCUGUGAUGAUAGUUUUUGUCUGGCAGUCUACCCUUAUGUGUGA